AUGUGGUCAAAACUUCAUUUCGUCAGUCUUGCUGCACUGUCAGCCAGGUUGGCAGCAGCAGUCACCCAAAUCACAGACAAUGAGAUGAGCAAUCUUCUGAGUCAAGGAGGCGUCGAGCUUGCAGACCGUUACGCCCCGCUGUGGUUUUUCGGUCAAGCCCAGAACCAGCCUCCAUGCUAUCCUACAUGGGCCUUUGGGGGCUCUCCCACUUCGCCUGAUACCUACGAUGACGCUCACAAAACACCGGCCGCGCCACAGUGUGACUAUCCCAAUGUCGGAUGCAAGUGCCGCAACCCUGGCGUGGGGAUCGGUAACCGGGGACCGGCGUUCCCAAUAUACUUCACCUACAAGAGGUGUAGUGACACUGAAGUGCGGGUGGUGUAUAACCUGUUCUAUGAGAAGGAUGGUGCUGAGGUCGUCGGUAUCGAAACUGGUCAUGAUUAUGACUGGGAGAGAGUGAUCAUCAUCCACUCGAGAGACGCAAACAACAUGUGGGCGCCAUCCCGUGCCCUUCUCUCUGCGCACAGUGGCUACCAUGACCUUGCAUGGGGAGAUAUCCAGAACACGCUUACCACCGACGAGAUCAAUGCCGGGGACGCCAAAAAUCCCAAUGGUGUGCAGAAUAACGACCAUCCAAAGGUCUAUGUUGCUUGGUCCAAGCACGCUCACUUUGAUGACCGCAAUACCGGCUGGAAUGAUCCCAUCAGCCAGUCAACGGAUAACGCGUUCCGCAGCGAUGACUGGUGGUAUUAUGUUGACAAGAGCUAUUAUAUUCUGUCGGACGAUACCACAGCUGCUGGCAAAGCUCUCGGGUCUGCGAACUGGGGCGAUGCAACUAGUAACCCUCCUUCUGUGCAUGCAAGUGUGUGCUCUGCGCCAUGA